AAUUAUAGCUAUAUGCCUAUUCCGACUACGGAGUGGAACUGAAAAGGGAAAACGAUCUGGUUUUUUACCCGAUUAGUUUCAUCUGGUUAUGAAACUAGGUAAAAGGAACAAGAAUGGAUGGGCUGACAUUAUCAAAAUCUGUUCAGGGGUGCAAAUGAGCCGAUUCGAGUCCGAACUCACAUAUGCUCGAACUCGAGCUCAAAAUUAUUCUAAGUGUUCGAGAUUGACUCCAAAGCUUAGGCUUUUAAUCGCAAACCUUGCAUUUGUGCUAAUUGUCUUAUUGAAGAAUUCAAUUGCAACAACCAUGAAGCUUCCUCCAUGUGCAAGCAACAACCAUGAAGCUUCAUCCAUGUGCAAGAAUGACAAAGGGAUCUUCCUCAAAGUUUCCUCAUGUUUAAUCCCACCUUCCUCCCACCUUCAUAGUACCUAGUUUUGGUGCUAUAAAUAGAGAGCUUG